UUGAUAUCUAACAUAUGUAUGUACGAAACGUUUGGUUCCGCGGAACCAAAACGCGUGACUCUCCUGUCUGCGCUCCACUUGAGCUCCACAUGAUCUGCCUUUUGUGCAUCUCUCUCCUGUCUGUGCUCCACCUGAGCGUCACAUGCCCUCCCGUUUAUUUCAACGCCCGAUAUCACAUGUCGUUAGCAUCGGUUUCACCUCUCCUGUCUCUCCUUCGCGAUAUAUUCCGUUCACUGCAAUCUUUUCUUCAGCAUUGACUACCAUGGCAUCGGCAUGCACUUAUCACGGCAUAGUUGGCGUUCAAAACGCCGCUCGCUAUAUUCUCGAUCCCAAGAAAACAUUUUGGAAGAUGGAAGGGUUUGUGCCGGUUUCUCCCGACCCUGAAGAUGGUGUUGGAGAUCUUCCUGCUUCCGUUUUUAUCUUUGGAGGUAGAAAUGCUCCACCGGAAGAUGGCAUUUAUUUCGUCGAUGCUCGCAUUGUCACCACCACUGUAAACGAGAGCACGUCUCUAGAGCUUUAUUGUGUCAAUGUGAGUCCAUUCCGUACUUUCUAUAGAUGUUUGCUGCCUCAAUUGGUUCAUUUCAGGAUUUGCAGCGCACAAGAAGUUGAGCAAGCUCCUCCAGAUGCUCCAGAACAAACUCCGGACUAUCUCGCCAUGUUGACUCAUCCAAACACGCCACCUCAUCGAUUGGAUCUUAAAGUCAACGCCGUAUGUGCAAUACAGCGCAACAUGUCCGUCGAAAAUGGACUUAUGCCCAACACUGGCGAGAUACAUUGCGUGUCUCGGAUCACAUUUGCUUUCAAUCCACCACGCUCAAGCUGGACAGUCAAUCGAAAGCAGUUUCCAUUGCGACCGGCAUAUGCAACGACUUUUAACGGUUGUCAAGGGCUGACGUUAGAAAAAGCAGUGCUCGACUUGCGCACGGAUUCGUUCGCGCAUGGUUAACUAUACACCGCCGUAUCGAGAGUGCGUUGUCGAAGAGACAUUCGCGCACUAUUCGGAGAAGAGAACGAGGAAAAGACGACAGCGAAUGUGGUUUAUAAACAUCUAUUAUUGUAAUCAUUCGAGUCAUCUGUUAAAAUAAGACUGCUAAGGGACGUCCGAAGGCGUAAGGAACGCUCGUAUCCAAUAUAUCCGAU